AAAAGGGAGUAGUGGAGUGUGUAAAUAGAUUUUGUAGUUAAAUGAGGAAUGUUAUGACAUAAAGGUUGGAACAGUUGGAUGAUUUCAAUAGAAUACAAAUGGCCGUCAAGUCACCUAAAAGAAUCUACAUGUUCGACCCUGUCUAAGAAAAUUGGGAAAGGUGAAAAAGGAAACUUGAUUCUUCCUGGUCAGAUGGAAAUAACGUUAUCAGAGAAACGAGGUGUUGCUCGAAUGACUUUGAACACUAGUGUCUUAUUUGGCUUACGACAUAGACGAACAAUAAUCAUGGCGAAUAUGGUUGUGAUGAUUUGAUUCAGAUGUUUCAAUGGAACACAGUCAGAAGGGACUUUAAGAGCCAAGGACUAGAACAGGGGUUUAGUACAGUUGAAAUAAAAGUUUUCAAAUGGGCCUUAGUUCUCUUCCAAAUGAUGUCUGGGGAGACGGGUCAAGUAUAGAUAAGGUCACAUUGGAUGUUCUUAUGCCCAAUGGUCUUCUGAUACCUCUAACUGUGAAAAAGGACACCACACUGUUUGAAAUUAAGGAGGAUGCAUGGGAAGAAGCACAGAAACUUCCCCUGUAUGGUCUUCUUCAUGAUAUGCAGACUUACAUCUUUAGAUGUAUUAACCAGACAACAUCUGAACAGGAAGAGUUGAUAGAGGAAAACAAGAGAGUCUGUGAUGUAAGACCUUUUCAGGCAAUUCUCCGUCUAGUUGAGAAAAAAGGAGACAAAGCAGAGACACAACUUAAUGCACAGAUUGGCUUGUUAAUUGGCAAAGGUCUUCAUGAAUUUGAUGCUCUGAAGAAUCCAGAGGUCAAUGACUUCAGGUGGAAGAUGAGAUUAACUUGUAAUGAAUGGACCAAAAAUUAUGAAAGAAAAACAUGGAUGGAAAAAUUGUCUUAUAAGUAUCCGUUACAAGUAGAGAAAUCUCCUGAGCUUCCAUCUUUUUUAUUGAAGCGAAUCAAGGAAAGAAACUUAGUACUAACUGUUAGGCUGGAAUGUAGUGAGAUGAGUUUCAAGUUCUGUGUUCCUCAUUCAACAAAAACAAGUGAAUUACUUGAGUAUGUACUAAACAAGAAGUCCUUCUUAUGUGGGCGUAUAAAAGAAAGUGCUGCAGCUUAUCUUCUGAAAAUAAAUGGCCGAGAAGAGUUCUUAUUCAAAGAUUAUCCCCUAAGUCAGUACAAGUAUAUUCGUCAAAUGAUUUCUGAUGAAAAAAUACCUGAGUUAAUCAUGAUCUCCAAGGCCAAUGUAGAAUUGGAACAUGACAAUAUCUAUGAAUCAAUUGAUGAUAUUUUCACAAAGAACACUAGUUCAGUGAAUGGGACAGUGACUUUAAGCAGGAAAAAGACUCACACAAUCUCAGCAUGGACUAUUCAAGACCCUUUCAUAAUCAAGAUUGACAGUGUCUGCAAGUUGAACUGUGAGGAUGAGAUACAGGUGGCAGUUCAAGCAGGUUUGUGCCAUGGUGGAGAACUUCUCUGUGAGCUACAAUCAACUACAGCGGUUGUGGUUCUAGGUGGUGAGGCUGAAUGGAGAGAAGAGCUUAAGUUUGAUUUAGAAGUCUGUAAUAUUCCUCGUAUGACUCGUUUGUGUUUAGUUGUCUAUGAAGUUGCCCAUUCUAUGAAGUGCAUUAAAGCUCGCAAGUACCGCUGUAUUGGACCUGAUCUUUAUGUCAAUCCAAUAGCUUGGGUUAAUACAACUGUGUAUGACUUUAAGAACCUCUUGAAAACAGGAACAGUAACUUUACACAUGUGGUGGUAUUCUUAUGAACUUCAGAAUGAUGAUCUUCUUAAUCCACUGGGAACUGUGGUGGCUAAUCCUGACUUAGAUAAUGCCACUGGACUCACCCUCACUUUUCAGAAAUAUCAUUCAUUACAUCCUGUUUCCUAUCCUCCUUUAAAUAAGAUUUUAGAUUAUGCCAAGGAACAUCUCUAUGAAGAUACUGAUGGAAUACCUCAUCAUGCAAGCAAAGCCUAUCGCAAACAUCUGUCUGAAAUUUGUGCUCAGGAUCCACUUCAUCAGAUGCAUGAACAAGAUAAAGAUCUCAUUUGGUUCUUAAGACAGGACUGUUUACACAGGUUUCCUCAUUCUUUACCCAAGUUACUACGUUCACUAAAAUGGUACCACUACCAUGAUGUUGCUGAAGUCACAGCAUUGUUGCAAGACUGGGAGCAUCUUCUUCCAGAACAAGCAUUAGAGUUGUUGGAUUAUGCAUAUGCUGACCAGGCUGUUAGAAGUUUUGCUGUCAAGUGUUUGAAGAAGAUGAGUGAUGAAGACCUUUCCUUGUACCUUCUCCAACUUGUCCAGGCUCUCAAGCAUGAAUCUUACCUAUAUUGUGAUCUUGUACAGUUUCUUCUAUGUAGAGCAUUAAGAAACCAACAUCUUGGACACCAGCUGUUCUGGCUGUUACGUUCUGAGAUGUAUGUGCCAUCAGUCUCGGUACGUUUUGGUCUUUUACUUGAAGCAUAUUGUCGUGGUGCUGUAAAACACAUGAAAUCUUUAUCAAAACAAGUAGAAGUUCUCAAUAAGCUCAAAGCUAUUAAUAAACUAAUCCAUGUAGAAUCUUUCAAACGUAAGGAAUCUAAGGAGAAGCUAAGGUUUUUAAUGCAAGAGGCUCUAACAAUGAACUGUAAUCAUGAUGUCUUUAUUGGCCUUCAUUGCCCACUUCAGCCUGUCUAUAAGGUUCAUAAACUGAGAGUUGAGAAGUGCCGUUUUAUGGAUUCCAAAAUGAAACCCCUGUGGUUGGUCUGUGAGAACAGUGAUUCCUUUUGCCAAGAUAUUUAUAUGAUUUACAAGAAUGGUGAUGAUUUACGACAGGAUAUGCUAACACUGCAGAUGAUUCGCAUUAUGGACAAAAUGUGGAAAGAUGAAGGUUUAGAUUUUCGGAUGAUCCCUUACCAGUGUAUUUCGACAGAUUACAAUGAGGGGCUGAUUGAAGUUGUUUUGAAUGCUGAAACAAUUGCCAAUAUUCAGAAAGAGAAAGGCUUCUCAGCUACUUCAGCUUUCAAGAAAGGGUCAUUACUUGCAUGGCUUAAAGACCACAAUCCUGAUGAAAAUAGUCUUAAUAAAGCAGUGGAAGAAUUUACCCUUUCUUGUGCUGGUUACUGUGUGGCAACUUAUGUUCUUGGAAUAGCAGACAGACACAGUGACAACAUCAUGGUGAAAACAAAUGGACAGUUGUUUCAUAUAGAUUUUGGACAUAUUCUGGGAAAUUUCAAAGAAAAAUUUGGAAUUCGAAGAGAAAGAGUCCCAUUCGUGCUUACGAAUGACUUUGUUUAUGUUAUUACCAGAGGAAAUAGCCAGAAAAACCAGGCAUUUUGCAGAUUUCAGGAAUACUGUGAAGAAGCUUUCAUGAUCUUACGAAGGAAAGGAACUCUGAUAAUUUCCCUUUUUGCUAUGAUGCUGUCAACGGGUAUUCCUGAGCUUACAUCUGAAAAGGACCUGUAUUACUUACGUGAGACUUUAGUUCUGGACAUGACCGAGACAGGGGCUCUUCAACACUUCCGGUCCAAGUUCAUGGAGGCUCUGCGGAACAGUUGGAAGACCAGCUUAAACUGGCUGGCCCACAAUUUAGCCAAAGAUAACAAAAUUGCUGACUAGUGUGCCAUCUCAUUGUGAUAUAAUACUGUGCCACAGAUUUAUUUUGGCAUUGAUAUAUGUAAAGUGUGAUUGGAGUUUAUUAAGUAAGUGUUUCAAUGCUGUUUAAAUGAAAAUUCUACCAAAAACAAACUAUAUGUAUGCUUAUCGCAAAGAAAACUUAGUUUUGCAAAAUGAAAUAGAAAAUUUAAGCUUCAUACCCACAUUCAGAUUUUGCUGUUAAUUAAAACAUAACAAUCAUUUAGCAAAGUAGAAAUUGUUUGACAUGCUUUUUUGUGUUUGGCUGUGUACAAAGCAUUCACUUCAUACCUAAUAUAUAGGUAAAUUGUACAAAGCUUUACAACCAAAUUGUACUUAAUAUUUCAGAGACAACUUUCAGUUUAACAGAAUGCUGGAAAAUUAGUCAGAGGGCAAUAAAAACUUUUCACAAAAAACAAUUGCACAUAACAUCGAGUAAUAGUAUGGAAGUAAUUUUUUAUAUAUAUGUGCACAUACAUUAGUUAACCAACUAUUUUUCUGCAGGUGAUAUCUUAUUUUCAUUUUUGUCGGUACUUUUUCUCCAUUGGCAGGAACAGAGCAACAAUUACAUUAGUUGGCUUACAAUCCAAAUCUAAUUCAUCACAAUUGAUGUAUUCAAAACAAUGAUGUACUGAAUUUUAGGAACCUCAUAAAACUUAGUUAAAUUGGAAACAAAGAAAAUGCCCUAAGUAACAGCUUAGUCCACUCUGAGAACUUUUUCAUUAAUUUAUUUGUAAUGUUUUUCACAUAUAAUGUGUCUGUUAACCAUAAUCUGCCUCUUGGAAAAAAUUGUUCUACUUCAACAUGAAAAAUGUAUUUUAUCAAUGGACUAAUAAAGAAAUGUUAAAAUAUUUCCAGAAUUUUAGGUUUUAAAAAAAUGUAAUUCAAACAUUUUCAUUGUGAUGUUUUCAACAAACAUUUAUGAAAAUAUAUAUAUUAGAAUUGAGCAUAUUAUUAAAUGCCGUAUUUGGAACUUUGUGUCUAUGUAGUGUUUAGCUUGGAAUGGAACAUAAGAUAUAUUAUGCAUGCAUGUGUGUGUGUUUGCAUAGUGGUUCAUAUAACCCCGCUUUAAGGAAAAUUUUGAUGCCAUUAGACCUUAAAACUUUAAAGUAUACUUUAAAUAAUUGUUUUUAUAUCAUUGGAUUUUAAAAAUUAUAUUUUCAUUGUUUUUUUUUAAUAUA